CAGGUGAAAGCAAAGAGUUUUUUCUCCUCUGUGCGUGAAAAGAACCAAGAGUAAAGUUAAAAAAAUAAACAUAAUUUAGGGAGUAAAUUAGAAUUUUUUGAUUUGAAGCUGCACAUUAAUGAGAGUAUUGAAGUUUGGGUCAUUAAGUGUUUUGACAAGUAACGUACCUAUAUCAAUGAUUGAUGAGCUCUAGAUGUCAUUGGAUAUAAGAAGUUUUCUGAUAAAACAGUAAACGGUUGAAGUGUAUACACAUAUUUUGGAAUAGAUUCGUGAACGAAUUAAAAGAAGUAAUCGAUUAACUACGGACAAGCUUGUGGGAUUAACGCUUUUCUUUUUCUGUACUGCCAUUACAUGCUAAGCUGUGUGAGUUUUGUGAUGAAAGCUGUGUGAGUUUUGUGAUAAAAGCUGUGUGGGUUUUGUGAUAAAUGCUGUGCGGGUGCCGAAGAGAAAAUAGAAGGAGUUACUGUUGCGACAGUCAUUAUUGUUGCUGAAGUGAACUGUGUGGUUGUUUCUCAAGGGUUUUGUUUAGUUUAAUGGCCAAGGACUAAACUUAGCGUUACAGUGAUACGGAGAGGAGACAAAAUCACCAGAGGGGGGUGUUUUGGUUGUGCAGUAGGUGAAAAGUGGUAUAGGGUUUCCAACCUAUGUUUUUGUUGACUUGGUCAACUGUGAAUUUAACGAGAGAUCGUUAAAGGUGUGAGUGAGACAUUAAUUUUUUUGUCGUUGUCCAGCCGGUUUUGGGGAGAAAGGAAAUAGUCUGAGUUAAGUGGAACUGACACUGGUGAAAGUUAUUGCUGUGGCUUCAUGCUGUGAGUAAAAUAAUUUGCCAGGUUCCGGAGCGAGAGAGAUAAGGAGAGAGUGUUUUCUUUUCCCUGGCGGGAGCAGCGAGCGUGUGUGUGUGAGUGUGUGGAAAAAAAAAGGAGAAGGACAGAGAGAGAGAGAGGUUUUUUUCUCUGGCCAAAGCAGAAUCGCAAAAAUUGGCACUAAAACAUCACACACUACUGACAAAUUUAAGCAAAAAGUUUAAAUAAAGGACCUCGUCCUUGUACGAACACAUAGUCUAAUUCAUAUGGCUUCGGGCCCCAAUAAUAAUUUGGAACAAGACACUGUGCAAGAGAGUAAGAAAUCAGAGAUGGUUCGCGGGCGCAAUAAGCAAAAAGCAGAUAAGCAAGCAGCUGACCAUGAUGAGGAGGGAGUGAAGCCUCAGCAGGAGGAGACAUUCGCUGAAAUACAAGAUUAUGUGUCAGAUUGGAUGGCGAAGAAAUUUCAAUUGGGCAAAUUUGAGGAAAAAUUGAGAAAAGAUUUUGAAAUUGAUCCUGCAUCUAUUGUCCAGGGGCGCUGGCCACCUAAGAAGGUUCGUGAGGGGUAUUUGAGUUGGAAAAAGCACAACAGACAUCGUGAGCCCUAUGCCUUUUUGUUAAUGAGCCAGCUAAGACGAUCCUUUAUGGGGGCUAUGCGGGCAUCCUGCUCGCAGGAGGUGGAUGCCGAAAAACACCGUACUACAUGUCUGGCAGAAGAAUUGAAAUCUCAGGCAGGGAAAGCUGGCAAGAGGUUGCAGACAGCCGCAAUUGUGGAAGAGUCAUUGAGAAGGAAGAUACAAGAAUUGGAGACAGAAAUUCGAGAACAGUUGGCAGAAGCAGACAUGUUGCUAGAACACACUGGAAUGAGGCGAAGAGGAGCAGUCCCAGCGCGCCACUCUGAGGGGAGGAGCCAACUCCCCCACUACCACCGCCCCCAUCAUGGGGAAGGGGGGCGUGGAGGGCAGCACAGCACCCGCCUCUAUCCGACACUGCACGGCUUGGACCCAGCAGCGCCACCUGCCAUGGUGGAGGCUUCUGGAAGUGCAGUGGACAUCUCUGACACUAUUGAGCUGGGAGGCAGUUUCAUCGCACACUAUCCGGCUAUUGGAGGUCUGUUUGAGCCAUUGAACAGCACCCCACCUGGCGGGUACCAACAGCCAACAGGGAAAGGCCCCUGCUUCCAACAAUCUACAGCUGAUGCUCAAGCCAGCAUGGGCCUAGCAACAGGCCCUGGCCUCUACACUUCAUAUGUGACCCACUACCAACAACCUGCUCAACCCCAGCAGGGCCAAUACCAGCCACUGGCCACUGCUACAGCUCCCACUCCAACACCAUCCAUGCUGUUACCAGCGCCACCUGCAACCAAUCCCCAAUACCUGCCACCCGAACAAGCCAACCAAGCACCAUCGAAUGAUGACGCAACUGCUGUCCCCGUGACUGACGCCCCAUCCACAUCUGAUGCAAGCCAGGGAGCGGCUGCUCCCAUAAUUAAGCCCAAGACCAAGAGGCGCAGACCACCAGCAGAGGGAUGGGAUGUCUGGGAUGAAUCAGCUGAUGAGGCCCUCAUAUGCCCAGUACGCACAGUAGCCAACGCUGAUGGUGUGUCUGUGUUCUAUCAACCAGCAAAGGGCGACGAGAUCCAGAAGUGGUCUGCCGCCAUACAACACCCUCGGGAUGCCGGACGGCAUACCUGGACGAAGAAAAAAGAACUCAAGGAGAUGAGAGACCUGCACCCUUUUGAUGCAUUGAAGAUCCUACAUCGUUACGUUACUGCCUUGCUUGAAGGCAACUACCAAAAGACCUGGCAGUCGUAAAAGUGAAAGCACACACAAGGCAAGACACCCUUGAGGCAAGAGGCAAUGCAUUGGCGGAUGCGGCGUCAAGAACAGCCGCAAGAAAAAGAGAGGGAGGGGAUAACGAAACGACUAACGAGAAUGGACACGGAAAUGGAAACACGGACGGAUCUAACGGUAACAGGAAUUUUUUUGAAAAUGACAACGAGAAAUGCAUGAUGAGAGUGACCAA